UGCGCUCGGCGCGUGCGUGAUAAAGGCUCAGUGCUCCGAGGCGCGUGUUUGUGUAGUUCGUGUAGUUUUGUGUAGUUUGUGUUGGUCAUCAGGACAGAAGCGGCUUAAAUGUAGAAGCAGCGCAAGAUGGCGGAUCUCUCUCUGCUGCAGGACUCGCAGGAGGACACGGAUGGAUUGCUGGAUUUCGUGUCUCAGGAUGAGAUGUUGACUCCUCAGGGCCGACUGGACAAGUACAUCAGCAGCGAGAACGUCUUCAACAGGCAGAUGGUGGCCCGCAGUCUUCUGGACACGCUCCGGGCCGUCAGCGAGGAUGAGCGCGAGUGUGUGUCUGUGCUGGAGCGGAUCGACAGACUCGCAGACGACUCAGUAAUCAUUAUCUGUAAAAUGGCUCCGAUGGUGGGGAAGGACGUCACCGAGCGGCUCUUUCUGCCGCGCUUCUGCGAGAUGUGCUGCGACUGCAGGAUGUUCCACGUGCGCAAGGUUUGUGCGGCGAACUUCGGAGACAUCUGCAGUGUGGUCGGAGGAGAGGCGACGGAGGAGCUGCUGCUGCCGCGGUUCUUCCAGCUGUGCUCUGAUAACGUGUGGGGUGUGAGGAAGGCCUGCGCCGAGUGCUUCAUGACCGUCUCCUCGGCCUCGUCUCCAGAAGUGCGGCGCAGCAAACUCUCGUCUCUGUUCAUCAGUCUGAUCAGCGACCCGUCGCGCUGGGUGCGUCAGGCUGCGUUUCAGUCACUCGGUCCGUUCAUCUCCACCUUCGCCAGCUCCAGCAGUAACACGGGUCAGUGCUUCAGAGCCGAGGCCGUGGCCGAGUGGAGCGGAUCACAGACACACAGCACAAACACAGACGCGGUCUGUCCGCCGCGGGACUCCUGUGAGGAAGAGGAGGGCGGAGGAGAGCAGACGGCCGAGAAGUGCCUUCCUGAGGAGACGCAGCCUUCAUCCCAUCCUCCAGCGCAGGAGAUCCCGGAGCAGGAGCUCUUCAACUCCUUCCACUACUGGAGGACCCCCAUCCCUCAGAUCCAGCUGGAGCUGCUGCAGGAGGAGGACAGGCGGCCCUUGGCCCCGGCGCUGGGCAGAACACAGCUGCAGGAGCUCAUCGAGAACCUGGAGCCGCACACCGAUGACCCCGACGUCAAAGCACAAGUGGAUGUUCUGACAGCUGCUCUGAGAGCCACGGCGCUGGACUCUGGACUGGAAGACGCUUUCCUGGAGCCUCGAGCCGCUCGAUCAAACCCCUUCAGCUCCCAGCAGUCCUCAGAACACCUGUCAGCUGACACACAGAGGCGUGAUUCCUCUCUACACGUGAUGCAUGACGAUGAUGAUUCUGACGUGAGCGACAGCAGCCUGAGUGCUGAAGACCAGCGGAAAUCCAAACAGCAGGUCAGUGCCGCAUCACUGACUCAAUCCCAUCAUGCUCUGCUCUGA